AUGUCUUCGACGACGACGGCGGCAUCCGACGUCGCCGGCGUCUGGUUCUUCGGCGAGCUCUCCGCCGCCCUGCGUGGGAAGAAGCGGCAGGCCGUACCCACGGUGAGCCACGCCGAGCACCAGCACCAGAUGGGAGGGGCCGCUCAUGGCAACAAGGCGGCCGCGGCGGCGGGGCCUUCCGUGGUCGACCGGAAGGAGGCCGGCGGCGGCGGGAUGUCGGACGCGACGGUGUACCUGCUGCUCGACCGCUUCGCGCCCAGUUAG